UCGCUCACAAACACUCGGUGGCUGGCAGCACUGAAGAAGCACUACGCAAUUUUAGCGAGCCUCAUGGCGAAAUUCAACAUCAAGAUAUUCAGCGACAAUGUCUGCCCGUGGUGCUUCGUCGGCAAGAGGAACCUCGAGAGCGCGAUGAAGCAAUUCGCUGCGAGGGAACCGUCCACCCAAAGCCCCCCCGUCUUCGACGUGCGGUGGAAGCCAUUCUUUCUCAACAUCGAGGCCCCAGAGACAUCGGAGUUGCCCAUAACGGAGUACUUGGAAAAGAAAUACGGCAAAGGGGCAGGGUCGCGAAUGGCGGCGUCGCUGGCGAUGGCAGGGGAGGCUACCGGCAUCCGUUUCGACAACGACAGGAAGGUGCACAACACCAUCCGCUCGCACCGUCUUGUUCGAUUCGCGGAUGGCCAGGGCAAGGGAGGCGAGAUGAUCGAUCAGCUGUUCCACGCCUACUUCGAGCAGGGAAGGAAUAUCGCGGACGUGGACGUGCUUUUGGAGUUGGCGGAGAAGGCUGGAGUUGAAUGCACGAAAGAUUACCUUGAGGGCAAGGAAGGACAGCAAGCAGUCAUCAGCGAGUAUAAACACGGUGUCCACAACCACGGUAUCUCGGGGGUCCCGUACUUCAUCGUGUCGCGCGAGGGUAGCAAGGCAACCGUUCCGCUGUCCGGGGGGCAGCCGCCGGCGGCGUUUGUCGAAGCCUUCGAAGCGUUGUCGUCGUAGUCAGACCACGACUGGGUACAUGAUCCCCCCCCCCAUGAGAGACGUAUGAGGUGUGGGCGACGUUGUUUAUGUAUCGGUGACACCGUUGGAUGUGUAGAAUUUAUGCAUACGUAGUCCGUACCUCGACUAGCUGUCAGAUAGAUACCCCGUGAUGU